GCCGGAGGGCGGAGCCGCGAUGCCGAGAUGGAGCUCAGCCCGGGCGGGCGCCGGGACCGGGGCCCGAGCACCAGGCGGGGCGCGAGCCGGAGCCGGAGCCGCAGCCAGAACCCGGACCAGGCCGGGGUCCGGGACCGCCGGGCCGGGCUGCUCGUAGCGGCGGCGACGGAGCCCCCCAGCGGUUGAGGGGCUUCCUCCCAGCUCCUGCCGGUGGCCGGGACUCAGCAAGCCCCCGCAGCCGGGGAGCGCGGGGAUCCCCCGACCACAUCCAGGACCGAGAGACCCCCCCUAGGAAAGCGGGUAGCCCCUCCAGAUCCAACAGAGUGACUCCUCAGCUGGGAAAAGCGGAGACUACCUCCGUCUUCAGAAGAGAGCGACCUCCCUGCAGUACCGCGAAGACUCCCCCUCUUCAGUCUGGGCCCCCACAAGACCUAGAACGCAGUGACCCCCCCCCCGUCUGGGAUUGUGGGGAUCCCUUUUCAAGAUCCUGGCCAUCACAACUCCACACCUCAAGACACGAAGACCCAGCUCAGAACGCCCCUAGAUCAGGGGUCUUAGACCACCCCCCCCCCGAUUCCGGCGCUGAGAACCCCCAAAUCUAGGGACCCGAGGACAGCAAGCGCUCUUCCUCACCAGCAAGAGGCCUCGGGGACCACCCCCACCCCCACCUCAAGGCUCCAGAACCGGGGGCGACUGAGCCCCUCGCGGCGCCCUUCUCAUCCCAGCCCUUGGUUGUGGCGCCCUGAGCCCCCCGGGCCGGGCUGACGACGGAAAACCGAGACGGCGCCCAGGCCCCCUGCCGCGGCGUCCCCGCGGCCCCAGCCCAGGUAAGCCGGGCCCAGGGAGAAGAUGAGCGUGGGCGUCCCGGAGCCCGAGCCGCCCCACUCCCUGCCCUGCUGUGGGCCCGGGACCGCCCCUGGGCUGGGUGCAGGCGUGCCCCUCCUCACUGAAGACAUGCAGGCCCUGACCCUCCGCACACUGGCCGCAAGUGAUGUCACCAAGCACUACGAACUCGUCCGGGAGCUGGGCAAGGGCACCUAUGGGAAGGUCGACCUGGUAGCCUACAAGGGCACAGGCACGAAGAUGGCGCUGAAAUUUGUGAACAAGAGCAAAACCAAGCUGAAGAACUUCCUGCGGGAGGUGAGCAUCACCAACAGCCUCUCCUCCAGCCCCUUCAUUAUCAAGGUCUUCGACGUGGUGUUUGAGACUGAGGACUGCUACGUCUUUGCCCAGGAGUACGCGCCUGCGGGGGACCUGUUUGACAUCAUCCCUCCUCAGGUGGGGCUCCCGGAGGACACGGUGAAGCGCUGCGUGCAGCAGCUGGGCCUGGCGCUGGACUUCAUGCACGGGCGGCAGCUGGUGCACCGCGACAUCAAGCCCGAGAACGUGCUGCUCUUCGACCGCGAGUGCCGCCGCGUGAAGCUGGCCGACUUCGGCAUGACGCGCCGCGUGGGCUGCCGCGUGAAGCGGGUCAGCGGCACCAUCCCGUACACGGCGCCCGAGGUGUGCCAGGCGGGCCGCGCCGACGGCUUCGCGGUGGACACGGGCGUGGACGUGUGGGCCUUCGGCGUGCUCAUCUUCUGCGUGCUCACCGGCAACUUCCCGUGGGAGGCAGCCUCGGGCGCCGACGCCUUCUUCGAGGAGUUCGUGCGCUGGCAGCGGGGCCGCCUACCGGGGCUGCCGUCGCAGUGGCGCCGCUUCACCGAGCCGGCGCUGCGCAUGUUCCAGCGGCUCCUGGCCCUCGAGCCCGAGCGCCGCGGGCCGGCCAAGGAGGUCUUCCGCUUCCUCAAGCACGAGCUCACGUCCGAGCUGCGGCGCCGGCCCUCGCACCGCGCGCGCAAGCCCGCCGGGGACCGGCCGCCGGCCGCCGGGCCGCUGCGCCUCGAGGCGCCCGGGCCGCUCAAGCGGACGGUGCUGACCGAGAGCGGCAGCGGCUCCCGGCCCGCGCCCCCCGCCGUCGGGCCCGUGCCCGUGCCGGUGCCCGUGCCGGUGCCCGAGCCCGGCCUGGCCCCCCCGGGGCCCCCCGGCAGGACCGACGGCCGCCCGGACAAGAGCAAAGGGCAGGUGGUGCUGGCCACGGCCAUCGAGAUCUGCGUCUGAGCCGCCCCCGCCGCCCUCGGGCCCGGGCGCCGAGCAGCAGCCAGACCGGGGCGCGGGGAGCCGCCCCGGGCCAAACCGGCCAGCCCCCCGCGGCGGGCAGGAGCGGGUAGCAGUAGACGAGGCAGGCGCCCGGCCGGCCGCGGGCUGGUGAGAUCACCACCCAAAGGAGCCAAGCCCCACAGACCCGAGGAUUCAGAGGCCCCCUGCCACCAGAAGCAAGGGAGCUUGCGGGCCGACUCCCCCACACCUCCCUGAACCCUGGACCCCUGACUAGUUGCUCCUGGCCCUUUGCACCCCCUGGCAGACGUCCCGCAGUCCCACCCCAGGUCCUGCCCUCCCCUCCCCAGCCCCCCACCCUGGGCACAAAAGGGGACUGAAGUGUUGGCGCAGAGAAGGGGCUUAGGGCCCCUGGGCACUGGCUGGGAGGAGGGCCAUGAGCUGAGGGCUGGGGGUUGCUCGGCUGCAACCUGCCCCCUUCCUGGGAGAAGGAGGGGAGGGACCGCACCCCCUGCAAAAUGUAGCAAAUGUCUGCGUGUGUGUGCAGACACAGUCCCUAGAAUCCAGUGACUCUGCCACCACCCAGUCCCCUGAUGAGGACCCUGACACAGCCUGGAGGGCAGCCUGCUGAGAGCACACAGCCAGAGAGGCGGAGCUCUGGCAGCCCUCCGCUCCCCGACAGGGACGUCAGGACAACUGAAGGGCUCCCAGGACAGGGGCCUCGGCUGCCCCUGCAGCCCUAAGCCAGGGAAGUGAACUCGCAGAGGCCAGGGCUGGGCCCAGUACCGCCUGCCGGCCGCACGUUCCCAGGCCGAGGGCACCUCUCAGAUCCUCAGUCCUCACGGCCCCAGCUCAGACUCAGCGGCCUGGGCUUUUGGCAGGUGGCGCAGUGAUGUGGGCCAGAAAUUUCUCCCAGGUUUCUGCUAGGCUCCAGUGGUCAGCCUGGGGCUGACCUCAUCCCCACCGUCUCCCAAGUUUCUGGUACUGGAGUGUGGGUGUGAGAACAGGGGGCUGUGGCAGUGGGAGGGGGAUAAAUGUGUGCAUGAGCAGGUGUGCACUUGCGGGUGCACCUUGUGUAUUCAGUGGCUGCAUCCCGACACCUCGGUAACUCCGCCCCAGGAUUCUCACCCAGCAGCUGCCACAGGGCGUCCAGGCCUGCGCUUCAGCACACCCCUCAGGGAACCUGGCAAGGAGGCACCUGCAGGUUGGUUCAAGCCCUAGGCAGCAGCAAAACAGACCCGGAGGAACCCGACCUCACCCAGCACUCCCCUCACGACCCCUGCCCUCCGUGGAGGCCUGGGACCCCCGCAAUAACCUCAGCAUGGGUGAGGCUGCUCCCUCUGCAGUGCCCCACCCACUGUCCCGGGCCGCAUGAUCCAGGGUCCCUCCGGGGGUUCUAGGCCAUUUGAGGGGACUCCCUGAUGGGCCAGGCUGACCAGAGGAGCCCCUCUGGCCUAGAGCCCCCACCUCUCCGUUCACCCUCGUUCCCACCGCGCAAAAGGGCUAUAGGUCCCCCUGCCCUGCCCGGGUCCAGUUUACAAACAGUGUGCAGUUGCCCCAGGGCCUGGCCGCUCCCCUCCUCCUCCUUGGUGUGCCCGCCCCUCUGAUGACCCACCUCCCAGCGGGCACUGGGGCCCUCCACAUGCCAGGUAAGUAGCAACCCCCCCCCCACCAAGGGCCAAGUCUCAGAGAAGGCCCCCCCGUCACUGCCCCUGGCCCACCUGGAGCCCAUCCGGGCACCUCUCCCAGCCGCCACCUCUCCUUUUGCCUUAGGCCUCUCGACAUCCUGUCUCUCCUGCAAUAACAAGGAAGCGAGGUUCCAAUUAGACGCCCCUCGUGUGCGCCCUCUCUCUCUCUCUCUCUUUCUCUGUGAAGAUCCUGUUUGGGGAGUCUCUCCCUCGUCGUAGUAUCUAGGAUGUUAGAGUUGGGUAGUUAUGUAGCCCAGUCCCUGUUUUCAGAGGUGCAAAGAGGGGGCAGCGACAGCCCGAUGGAGAGACAGGCUGGAACCAAGUCUGCACUCUCGUCGUCGUCGGGGGGCCUUGCUGCUCCUGCCGCCACUGCCUCUGCUGGUCGGGUUGGGACCCUUUGCCCCAUAGGGAAGGUGUUGGUCACAGAUGUUUACCUCAGUUUAUGUCACUGUCAAAAAGAGAAAAUAAAUAGCAGAAAAAAAAAAAAAAAAAAACCUGUAGACAUGAAGACUUAGAAGACAAAAAAAAAAAAAAACCCUUGCAGUUCCUCUGUGAAGGUGUGUAUGUACGCGCGUGUCUGUGUCCCACCCCUGUGCCCCCUGUCCUUUGGUGCUUCCCAGAGGCCCCUCUGAGCUGGCCUGUGGGGUGUGGGGAGCCGCUGAGGGGGGGAGGCAGGGCCACAGGUUAUCCAGAGGGUCUCCCACCAGGCCCCCCAGGGCAGAGCCCUCAGGCUGCCAGGGCUCCCUGACCCACACCGUGGCCGGCGGGACAUUCCUGGCGUCAGUGUCCCAGCCUGGUUCGGGGCCUGGGUGGAAUUCCAGCCCCAGAGCCCGGACCCUCAUGUAUUUCCACUGUCCCCACCACGUGUUUGUAAAUACUCUGGCACCCUUUGGCCCUGAGAAGGUUUUUAAAUGUGUUUACCUCUCUAAUCAUGACAAUUGCUAUAAAAUAAACAAAAGUUUAGAAAAAUUA